GUGCAAUUGUGGUAACUGUGAUAUCCAAAAUCUAGUAGAAGCAAAAGAAUGUCGCUGUUGCACUGAAAUACAAAAGUGUGUCGAUGGAAUGAAUCUUGUUACAGCAGACAAAGAUGCCACAAUGUGCAUUAUAAACCAUCCUGGUUUUGUCGCUAUUUGCAUCAACAGGUGGUCUCUGGAACUCGCUUCAGAUAAUUUUAAAACACGCGGUGGACAGAAAUAUCGUCAAGUUGAUUCAAAGGAAAG